AUGGGCAAGAAGCUUCGACCCCCUGAGGCUAUUGCCAAAGCUCUAGCAAGGAUCAAACUAAGCCUGCAGCUUAAGCGACAGAAGUGCCCACCUGGUCGGCAAUGCCAAAUGCCAAGCUUCAGUGCCAGAAGUGCCCACUUGGCCAGCAACGCCAAAUGCCAAACCGCAGUAAUGCUUUGCGGUGACGAUGUUUCCGAAAAUGUUCGAGAACGUUGGAUCUGUGAACCUUGUCGUCGAUAUGGCCGAGCGUACAAGAAGCUUCGGGCCCCUGAGACUAUCGCCAAGGCUUUGACCAUGAGGGUCUGGAAUUGCUUCGAUCUGAUAUACGACUCGCAGCCUGGCUCCUGGCUAGUACAGCAAGAUCCUGCCACUGCCGUGGCUAGAUUCUAA